UUUCUGCUUGCUAACUGUGACAGAAUCUAACAGCUACAGUGAGGAGCAGCCGGUGACCAGCUAGACAUUUCUAUCACAUUUUCACAUAGCAUUUAACACACCCAAGUCUGUUGAAGUGGGACACAAAAGGAGGAGGUCACCGGACCCUUAUUGAAGAUUCCACCCAAGUGGCCUGGAUUAUUAAGGCACCUGUGUGAGCUUCACUGGAAAAUGUAGCUGCAGCCAGACGAGCUGCGGGACAGACGCCACCAUGGGAGAAGCUCAAAAGGGCUUACUCUCAGUCAUUGAGAAACUGAAGGGAUCCAAAGAGCAGGAGGUGAGGAUAGUCCUCCUUGGCUUGGACAAUGCCGGCAAGACUACCCUGUUGAAGAGCCUCGCCUCGGAAGAUGUGAAUACCAUCACACCUACACAGGGCUUCAACAUAAAGAGUGUUGUUUCUCAUGGCAUGAAACUCAACGUUUGGGACAUUGGAGGCCAGAGGAAAAUCAGGCCGUUCUGGAAGAAAUAUUUGGAAAACACAGAUCUGUUGAUCUACGUUAUCGACAGUGCGGACAAGAAGAGGUUUGAAGAGACAGGCCUGGAGUUGUCCGAGCUGAUUGAUGAGGAGAAUCUAAAGGGUGUACCGGUGCUUAUCUUUGCCAAUAAGCAGGAUCUGGCCACAGCAUCACCAGCCAGUGAGAUUGCAGAGGGACUCAACCUGCAUACAUACCGGGACCGUGAAUGGCAAAUUCAGGCCUGCUCAGCUGUGUCCGGGGAAGGAGUUCAGGAUGGCAUGAACUGGAUUUGUAACAACAUUGCACAUAGGAAGAAAUAAACCAACAUCUCUAACACAGUGAAGCUGAGAAACAGCGCCACCAUCAUCCUCAGCUGGUCAAAGUCAAACUAUGAAAUGCUUCUUGGAGAAAUGACCAAAAAAAAAAAAAAGAACAUUUUUGUUAAAUGUCAUAUCCCAAACAAAUAAAUUCUGCUUCCAUUACAGAAAAAAUCUGGGUUUUUUUCCUUUUCGUAAUCUGUCUUUUUUAAUGAAUGUUUUGACAUUUUAGACAAUUCAAGUGAUUAUUUUAACUGCACCCUGACAAUUAGGCAAUCAAUCAAUGUUCAGUAAUCAAAAAAUGUGUAUUUAUUCUAAUUAUCCUUUGGAUGUUGUCUGGUUAAUUUGUGUGCUUUCUAACAUUAUCUAAAUUCUGUGGAAACCAAGAAGCGUGUAGCAAUGUGUAUGUACAAUAAAAUAGUUACUAUUU